CUCUUUUUUCAGGUUCACCAAUUGGAAGAUUGCCACUUUACAAGAUUGCAGGAAUUAUCCCGUGCAGUUAUAUUGAAUUACAUUCUAAAAUUAAAUCCGUAUAAGAUUGCUCUUAAAUCAAAACUAUAGGGGUCAUUGUUUUGCUUUAUACAAAUAAACUUGUUUUAUUAUGUAGAUUGUGGUGGGAACAUAAACAAACAUCAAGAUUGCAAUACGUGAAUGGGCAUUGAUUCACCUCGAGGGAAAAAAACGAGAAUAGGCUUUGAUUCGUUCUCUUUCUUUUAUUGUGAUUUCACACAGGUUUUCAUGGAGUACUUAGAUUGAGCAAGCUACAAGUUUUGGAUUUGAGUGGGAACAGGUUCACAGAAAUCCCAUCAUUAGGUGCACUACAGUCCCUAAAGGUUCUCAAUCUUGAAGAAAAUAAUUUGAAGAGUUUUUCCCAUAUUCAAGAAUUAACUACUUUGAACAAGCUGGAGACGUUGAAUCUUGAUGUUAAUAAUUUGAUUGGUGAGAUUCCUCCGUCGAUUGGUGCUCUGACAUCUCUAAAGGUCUUAUCAUUCAAAGACAAUCGACUGAAUGGCUCCUUACCCAUGGAAGAUUUAACUAGUUUGGGCAAUUUGGAGGUGUUGAGGCUUGAUUUUAAUAAUUUGAUCGGUGAGAUUCCCCCAUCCAUAGGUGCUCUGACUUCUCUAAAGGUCUUAUCAUUCAGAUACAAUCAACUGAAUGGCUCCUUACCCAUGGAAGGCUUUUGCAAAUUGAGGAACCUCCAAGAGUUGGAUCUAAGCGAAAACAGUUUCGAAGGGAAUCUUUCUUCUUGUCUCGGCAAUUUGACAUCCCUUCGGUUCCUUGAACUUUCUCAGAAUAACAUUGGAGGAACCAUUCCCUCUACUCUCUUUCCUAGUCUCAAGUCACUUGAGUAUGUUUCCCUUUCUUACAACCAUUUUGAAGGUUCAUUCUCAUUCAGCUCACUUGCUAACAGCUCCAAGCUUGAGGUCUUCGAACUUGAAAACCACAACAACAAUUUGAAGGUGGAGACAGAAAAUUUGCCUUGGACACCUCUUUUUCAGCUGAAAAGCUUUCGCUUAUCCAAUUGUAAACUCAAUGAGGCAACAGGGGCUAUACCCAGCUUUCUUUUACAUCAAUAUGACUUAAGAGAAGUUUACCUUGGCCACAACAGCAUGGUAGGAAAGAUUCCAACCUGGUUACUCAUGAAUAAUACGAGACUAGAAUUCCUUAGUCUUGCAAAUAACCUGUUAAGCGGUCCGCUCGUGUUGAAUGCUGAUUCAAAAAAUGUUCAUAUUUUCUCUUUCGAUGUCUCUAUGAAUCGUAUCCAAGGCGAGGUCCCAUUCAUUAUUGGCUAUGUCCUUCCAAAUUUACUGCUUCUGAACAUGUCCAAAAAUGGAUUUCAAGGUAGCAUUCCUCCCUCACUGGGAGAUAUGAGAAGUUUAGAGUUAUUGGACUUGUCAGAUAAUAACCUCUCCGGACAACUACCAGAGCAUUUAGUCAUGGGGUGCGUCUCAUUGGCAUUUUUGAAGCUAUCGAGCAAUAAUUUGCAGGGCCAAUUACUUCCAGCAAAAUCCAAUCUCACGGAACUAGUUGCUUUGUUUCUGGACAAUAAUCGCUUCUCAGGAGAGAUAUCAAUUGGACUUCCGAACAACACCAACCUAAAAUUGCUGGAUUUAAGCAAUAACUCACUUUCUGGCCAAAUUUCUGACUGGAUUGGAAGCUUCCACUCUUUAUCUUCCCUUAUUCUGUCCAAAAAUUCAUUAGAAGGCUCUUUACCUAAGAGCGUCUGCAACCUUCAACAACUAAGAUUCUUAGAUCUUUCUAGUAACAGCUUAAUUGGUGCCAUGCCUUCCUGUGUAAAUCUAUCAUCAUUGAGGUACUUACAUUUACAAGGAAAUGAAAUCGAUGGACCCAUACCAAAUGUUCUCUCUAAAGCUUCCUCCCUUGUGACAUUGGAUUUGAGGGAUAACAAAUUAUCAAGAAGAAUUCCUAGUUGGAUCAACUUACUCUCAAAUUUGAGGGUUCUUCUUUUGAAAGGAAAUACCCUUGAAGGUCCCAUUCCUUUUCAAUUGUGUCAGCUCAUUAAAAUUAACGUGAUAGAUUUUUCUCAUAACAAUCUUUCUGGGUCAAUACCUUCUUGUUUGCAAAUCAUACCAUAUGGGACAAGAGCUUUCGAUGACGCCUUUGAUACCAAUGUGUAUGGAUCGAAAUUCCAAUUCUCAACUUAUUUCUAUGAAAGUCAACUCGAUGGGAGCCUUUCUAUGGAUAUGCACUUUGAUAUACUUGAUGAGGUAGAAGAAGUGGAGUUUAUAACAAAGAGUAGGUCUGAGUCAUACAGGGGAAACAUUUUGUACUUCUUCUCUGGAAUUGAUCUAUCGUGGAAUAAAUUCACAGGUCCAAUUCCACCUGAAAUUGGGUACCUAAGCGGUGUGCUUACUCUAAACCUGUCACACAACCACUUGACAGGGUCCAUCCCAAAAACAUUUUCCAACCUGAAGGAAAUAGAAAGUUUGGACCUAUCCCAUAAUAGGUUGUGUGGUGAAAUUCCCUCAGAGUUGAUAGAUUUGACCACUUUAGAAGUCUUUACUGUGGCAUACAACAACUUAUCAAGUAGAACACCAGAUAGGAAGAAGCAGUUUGCAACAUUUGAAGAAAACAGCUAUGAGGGCAACCCUCUUCUUUGUGGUUUGCCACUACAGAGAAGUUGCACCACCAAUAGUGCAAUUCCAUCAGCUCAGUCAACUUCAAGAUCAAGGCAGAGUGGCUUAUUCAAUGUUGAUUUUUUUUGGAGUUUCGGAGGAGCCUACUUCGUGGCAUUCAUAGGCGUUGUAUCAUUUCUAUACUUGAGUUCAUAUCAUCGAGGAUUGCUGUUUGAACCCAUUGAAGCGCGAAUAGUAUCCUACCGCUAAUUGGUUGUUUAUUUUCUAUUGUAUCCUAUGUGAAAUCUAGUUUAAUAAAAACUGAGAUGAUAAAAUGAUUUGAUAGGAAAUCUUGUUGCAUUAGAUCUAGUUAUUGGGCAUUUGAACUUGACAAGUUUAAACAUGUAUGCUCUAUUUUGUUGCUAGAUUUUUCCUUUUAGAUUCAUUCUGUGAAGUUUAAACUUUUUUGCUUCAAGUUAGAAUUGGGA